AGACGGGAGGGGCCCGCAGCUGCUAGGAGCUCUUGGAUCCGGUGGGGAGGGAAGUCUCCCUCCCAGGCCGCGCUUUCUAGCCAGGAUGGCCGAUUUCCACCACCAGUGGCGCUGGGUGGUCCCUCCACGUUCACCUCGCAUCCAGGGCUGGCUUGGCGCCGGCGCCCUCCAACCGGCCUCCUCCUGCAGCCACAGCGCCUCGGUCCCGGGAAGCCUUCAGUGGGGCGGGGCGGCUCAACCCCUCCCUCCUCCCAGCCUUGCUGCGCGUCAGCUGGUCUCAGCCUGGAAUUGCGCGAAGGGGGCAUUUUCCUGCCGAACGUCAUUGCUUCGUCGUUGCUGCUGCUGCUGCUGGGACAACAACAAAGCAGAAAGCAACUGGAGGCAGCUUCUUUUCCGCCGAUGAUGUCAACACAUGGAUCCAAGGUGCUCUGGAACUUCAGCUCAGAUUGUGCCCCCCACUCCAGCCACGACGAAAUCAGGGGACUCUGGAGCGGUGCUAUCGACUCAGAUUAUGACUCAGCAACCCCAGAUACUCUUGCAUGGUGCGAUGGACUUUGCAAUGAGACGACCACUGAAUAAAUUGUAUAUGGGAGAGCCGUUGGCCCUGGGUUUCCCCUAACAGUCAUCAGAAGCCCUGCAGCUGCCAAGUGGGACGGAAGGACGUCUCUUCCCAUCUGUCUGUCGCUCUCAUUCCAUCUCGGGGUGUGCUGUGGCUGGAAACCAGAGAGUUAUUUCCUCCUCCCAUCAGUACACCUGCUCUGAGGUCCUCUAGAAGCCCCCUCCCCAACAACCAUGAACCAAGAGACUGCUGGUGGAUUGCCGCCACCACUGAAGAAGUUUUAUCAGGGGGAGCCACUGGCCUUGGGGAUCACGCAGAUAUUAAUAGGCAUUAUUGGGAUGGCUUUUGCGAUCACUGGAAACAUGGCAGAUAGUUAUUAUAGAAUCAUUUACCUGAUUGUGAUGACACCGUAUUGGACUGGAGUCUUGUACAUCAUUUCAGGAUCCCUGUCUGUGGCCGCUGCUAGGAACCCCAAGCCGUCCCUGGUGAAAGGCAUGCUAGGAAUGAACGUGGUGAGCGCUGUGGCCACUGGCAUUGCGAUUGUGUUCCUCUCUUUUUCGUUACUCCAUCAUACAUAUUAUUACCGGAACCAAUGCAGCCGGUAUUCUUCCAGCUCUGACGUGGAUCCAGCGUGCUAUGAAAACGAAAUCCUCCCUUAUAAAAAGCUGGUGGGCAUGAUGGCUGUCCUCCUGGUGUUUAACAUCCUAGAGUUCUGCAUCAGCAUCUCCAAUGCAGCCUUUGGGUGCAAGAAUGAUUGCCUGGAGACCCCCACACAAAUGGUUGUGGUGGUUUACCAGAAUGCAACCCCGGACCCCGCGGUCGGUCUCCAAACUGCUCGUCUGGAUCCCGAAUCCCCCUGAAUUGAUCUUCUGAGCUGGAAUGAAGUAAUCUGCUCCUAUUCAAGAAGCAAAAGACUGAUUUAGCAUCUUCAAAUAUUGGUACAUCUGGACCACAUGUUUCUCAACUAGUUCCAGGUUGUCCUUUGAAUCAGCUGAAGAUAAGGGAUAUCAUGAGCUAUCCAAUAUGUCAUGAAUAAAUAUGGAGCAUAAUUUUUUAUAUGGAGGAUGAAUAAAUAUGGAGCAUGAUUGAAUUGUUGGUGAGGCUGUUUGCUGUUGAUUUCGGAUCAUAAAUUAAAAAGUGGAUUUGGACAGAUCCAUGAAAAACUACAGGUGACAUUGGAAUGAGGAAACUCAUUCCAGUGGGAUUUACGUGCUUGGUUAUCAGGUAUAGAGACAAACAUUUACUGUCUAAAAAAUAAUUAUGGGGACACUCCCAGACAGAAUGUUGAGCUAAAUUCAAUCUUGUCCUUCACAGCUUGCAUGUCUAUAGAAAUGUUUCCCUUUUUGGAUUAAAGUCCUGAUAACCAAGAAUCAAGGCUGUGAAUGAUUUUGCUGGAAUGCUUCUGUUUCUCAAAUUAUAUUGGAUUUUUAGCAAAGAAAGUUAGUAAUGACUAAGGCUCACUGAAACCCAGGAAACAAAGUGAUUGUAACUUACUUAAGCCCCAUAGCACUUAUUCACAGCUCACUUUCUUUGGGUGCAGCCCAUUAUAUUCACAGUAAGUUGGCUAAUAUGUAACUGGUCUCUUAUUUCUUCCUUAUAUUGAUUUAUUCCAAAACAAUUUCCGUAGAUUUUUCUACAAGAUCUGUUUCUGUACACAGUGUCUUAGCUCAUAGAUACAUAUGCAAUAUAAAUAAUUUGAGUAUUAAUAAAUGUUGACCUUUGGGAUAGCUAGA